UUGGUCUCCACUUUCACACUCUUCUGUGAUCUGUGACGUGAGUUAUGCACAUUAUUUGUCUGAAGACUCGUUUUUAUUGUGUUUGACGGUGAUUGCAGCAGCUACUAUGAGUGUAACAGCAGCAGCGAGUGGAUUUGUUGUCCUUCUUCUUACUGUGCCAGUGGUGCUGAGUCAGAGUGGAUGGAGUGUGACUUACGAUGCUCUUGAGUCUAAGAUCUGUGCCCCCAGAGGAUCAACAGUGACCAUUCACUGCAACUACGCAUACCCACUCAGACACACCCCGAAUAGGGCAGUGUCGGAAUCAUUCUGGUUUAUAAAAGACAGUAUUGGGGUUUAUGUGGAUCUGAGAACAGACCCGCAGUACUCAGGUCGCGUGCUGUAUGACUGUGAAAAAGAAGAGAAAAAGUGCACCCUGAUCAUCAGUGACGUGAGACAGAGCGACUCCGCUGAGUACAAGUUCAGGUUCACAACAAACCAACCUGCAGACUCUUGGACUGGUUCACCUGGAGUCACGUUGUCUGUUGCAGAUUUUCAGGUACAGGUGAGAAGUUCAAACCAGUAUUCAUCUCACAAAGAGCUCAUGUGUCAGAGCAGUUGUCCUCUCCCUCAUACUCUGACCUACGUCUGGUACAACAAUCAGCGGGAGAUUCAGAGAGGACCUUCUCCGUCUUAUUCAAGUAGAUUUUAUUAUGGAGAUAUAGUUUCCUGUGCCGUUAAAGACAACGAGAGGUCACGCUCCCCGCCAAUGUUGGUGCAGAGUCAGAAUGGAUGGGGUGUGAGUUACGCUUCGACUGAGAUCUGUGCCUUCAGAGGAUCAACAGUGGAUAUUAACUGCACCUACACAUACCCAGGAAAACUGAAUAACAAGGCGAGAUCAUUCUGGUUUGUUAAAGACCCUAAUGUGGAUCUGACAACAGAUCCGAAGUAUUCAGGUCGUGUGGAGUACACCUGUGAAGACAACAAGUGCUGUCUGAGAAUCAGUGACCUGAGACAGAGCGACUCAGCUGAGUACAAGUUCAGGUUCAUAACAAACCAACCUGCAGACUCUUGGACUGGUUCACCUGGAGUCACGUUGUCUGUCAAAGACCCUCAGCUCCAGGUACACGUGAGGAGAUCAAUGAACAUUCAGAUUUCUAACUGGACAGAGCUGACAUGUCACAGCAGCUGUCAGCUUCCUCAUCAUCUUUCCUACGUCUGGUACAACAAACACAACCAAGUUAAAGGGGGAAAAAAAUAUUUUCUCCUUGAACACGUUGAAGCUGCAGACAGUUAUUACUGUGCUAUAAAAGGACAUGAGCAUAUCCGUUCUGCUUCUGUGUGUGCUCCAGAGGUUCCCGUUGUCUCGAGUCCCAGUGGUGAAAUCAUGGAGGGCAGCUCAGUGACUCUGACCUGCAGCAGUGAUGCUCAACCAGCAGCCAAUUACACCUGGUACAAGAAAAAUGAAAGGGAAGAAUUUCAACUUCUCCUUGAAGGGACUCGGUUUGUUUUCAGCUCCAUCCAGUCGUCAGACUCUGGAGUGUAUCACUGCACAGCUGAGAAUGAGCUGGGAAGGAAUUCAACAGACAUUAUAAUUGCUGUGAAAUAUGCUCCCAGGUCUCCAUCCGUGUCAGUGAGUCCCACUGGUGAGAUAGUGGAGGGCAGCUCAGUGAGUCUGACCUGCAGCAGUGAUGCUAAUCCAGCAGCCAAUUGUACCUGGUACAGGAACCAUACGAGGAUUGGAGAACCGAAAAACAUUCAUCAUUUCACUGCCAUCAGCUCUGGGGACAGAGGGGUUUACCACUGCAAAUGUGAGAAUAAACAUGGACGCAACUCGACAUCGAAAUCCAUAGAUGUCCUUUAUGCUCCCAAACUUCCCUCCGUGUCAGUGAGUCCCAGUGGUGAGAUAGUGGAGGGCAGCUCAGUGAAUCUGACCUGCAGCAGUGAUGCUAAUCCAGCAGCCAAUUGUACCUGGUACAGGAACCAUACGAGGAUUGGGGAACCAAAAAACAUUCAUCAUUUCACUGCCAUCAGCUCUGGGGACAGAGGGGUUUACCACUGCAAAUGUGAGAAUCAAUAUGGACACAACUCCAUAAUGAAAUCCUUAGAUGUCCUGUAUGCUCCCAAGCUUCCCUCCGUGUCAGUGAGUCCCAAUGGUGAGAUAGUGGAGGGCAGCUCAGUGAAUCUGACCUGCAGCAGUGAUGCUAAUCCACCAGCUGAUUACACCUGGUACAAGGAGAACGAAGACUCACCAAAAGCAUCAGAGCAGAUCUUCAACAUCGCUGACGUCAGAGCUGAACACGGUGGGAAUUAUCUCUGCGCAGCCCAGAACAUACGAGGGCGCCACAAUUCCACCGUAAGAUUGACGGUUAAGGCAGUUUCCCUUGGAGCAUGGAAAUCUGCUGUCAUUCUAAUAACCUCUGGUGUUUUCCUCGGAAUAAUACUUCUCUUCACCUUCUUCCUGAUAAGAAAAAUGAGAACCUCCAAGCAAUCAUCCCAACCCGGAGACCGAUCUGACAACAGUGAGAAGUUUCCUUCCAAUCAGUCGGAGGAACAGCGUGACUUUCACUCUGCCACUGUCCACUUCUUGAAGAACCAGACAGAUCCUAUCUACUCCAACAUCCGACCGGUAGGAGCCAGCGGACACGAGGAGGAUGAUGAUGAUGAUGAUGAAGAGGAGGAGGAUGAGGUUGCGUACGCUACUGUCACCUUUAAAAGUUCUGACCCGAGAGUACAGGACACUGGAGAGGAUCCAGCCACGUUGUACAGUACAGUCACGAAAAACUUCUGAUCUGUAGACCGACGUCUGCAGACUGAAAUAUCUCAACAACUACUGGAUGGAUUUACACAGAAGUUUGUACUAUUCAUGAUGCCGACAGCAUUAAUCCUACAGACUGUGGUGAUACCCCGACUCUAGUGUCACUUUUUAGUGACAUGUCUUUUAGAAUUAUUGGAUUAAUUUCCCCUGAGAAUAAAUCUUACAUACUUUAAAUAUAUCAACAACUCAAACAUAUUUAAACUUGCAGCUACAAACUUGAUAAUUACCUGCUGUAUGUCUCAUAUGACAAACAGCCUGUCAGCUUGUACUUGGCUUUUUUAUUUAUUUUAUUAUUUUAACUUAAGUCCAUUGAUAAAAUUUACUGUUUGAAAGCACAUUUGUACAGAGCCCCUAUAAGUCCCGACAGGUGAUUUUCAUCUUUUGUGCACAAGAUGUUUAUAGAGUGGGAACAAGUUAUUAUCUUCACCUGUCAGGACUUUUGGGGCUCUGAACAUUUGGUGAAAAACAAGCAUUAUGAGACUUAGCUGUAGAGACUCAACUGCUGCCACUAGAUGCUAGUAAUGAGUUGUGUUUUACUGACAGAAAACCACUUCCAGGAGCCUGUCUGUUUAAUUGUGAGCUGUGGUUUUCGAAGCCUCGAGUUUUGAAUUUUUUCCUUGUUUUGUUCUGCAUAUAUGUUUCAUUUUGCUUAAUAGGAGGAAAUACAUAUAUUUUCCUCCCCUGACUCCUGUGGUAGUAAGCAAAACAUAAUUAAAGAAAAGUUACCUAGAA